CGUGGCAACACAGGUCCCGUGGGCGCCCCAGGAGCGCCGGGCUCCACCGGGGCAUCCGGUCCAGUGGGCCCCACCGGGAAGCAGGGAGACCGAGGGGAGUCUGGAGCGCAAGGACCUUCUGGCCCUGCCGGACCUGCUGGAGCCAGAGGAAUGGCUGGACCCCAAGGCCCACGUGGAGACAAGGGAGAGGCAGGAGAGUCUGGUGAGAGGGGACAGAAGGGACACCGAGGAUUCACCGGUCUCCAGGGUCUGCCCGGACCUCCGGGUCAAGCCGGAGACCAGGGAGCCACCGGACCAGCCGGACCCUCAGGAGCCAGAGGACCCCCCGGACCUGUUGGCCCUGCUGGAAAGGACGGUUCUAACGGUAUGCCUGGACCCAUCGGACCCCCUGGACCCCGCGGCCGGUCUGGAGAGUCUGGUCCAUCUGGACCCCCCGGAAACGCCGGCCCCCCUGGUCCCCCCGGCCCACCCGGCCCCGGCAUCGACAUGUCCGCCUUCGCGGGCCUGUCCCAGACGGAGAAGUCCCACGACCCCAUGAGGUACAUGAGGGCUGACCAGGCCGCCGGCAACCUGCGCCAGCACGACGCCGAGGUGGACGCCACGCUCAAGUCCCUCAACAACCAGAUCGAGAACAUCCGCAGCCCCGAGGGCUCCAAGAAGAACCCGGCCCGCACCUGCAGGGACCUCAAGCUGUGCCACCCCGACUGGAAGAGCGGAGAGUACUGGAUCGACCCCAACCAGGGCUGCACCAUCGACGCCAUCAAAGUGUUCUGCAACAUGGAGACGGGCGAGUCCUGUGUCCACCCCAAGCCCGCCAGCAUCCCCCGCAAGAACUGGUGGUCCAACAAGAGCAAGGACCGCAAGCACGUCUGGUUCGGAGAGACCAUGAACGGAGGAUUCCACUUCAGCUACGGCGACGACAGCCUGGCGCCCAACACGGCCGCCAUCCAGAUGACCUUCCUGCGGCUGCUGUCCACCGAGGCGUCCCAGAACCUCACCUACCACUGCAGGAACAGCGUGGCCUACCUGGACGCCGCCACGGGCAACCUGAAGAAGGCGCUGCUGCUGCAGGGCUCCAACGACGUGGAGAUCAGAGCCGAGGGCAACAGCCGCUUCACCUACAGCGUCAUGGAGGACGGAUGCACGAAACACACAGGGCAGUGGGGCAAGACUGUGAUCGAGUACCGAUCGCAGAAGACCUCCCGCCUGCCCCUGGUGGACAUUGCUCCCAUGGAUAUCGGUGGAGCAGAUCAGGAGUUUGGUGUGGAUGUGGGAGCAGUCUGCUUCUUGUAAGAAGCACGAGGGAUCCAAAGAUGAGCGACGAAGCGGAAACUGGACGAAAAAAAACAAAAAAAUGAGAAGAACGCGCUUCGAAACGAGGAGGAGAGGAACGAGAAAGAUCAAGGCCCUCUUUUUAUUUUAUUUUUAAACUGGACUUUUUUUUUCUAAGUAAAAAAAAGUGCUUUUUCCAGUCGUACUCCAUAGGAUACCUGCACUGAAUGGCACCCGGCAAACGACAUCUGUGAUUCAUCCAACAUUGCCUGCAGUCUAAUAAACUCUUAUGGACACCCAGGGACCCCACCCGCACACCUCUCCUACCUACCCUGGGUGAUCAGUAACCCCCCCCCCACCCAAACCCCCACCGCCUAGAAGGAGGAAUACCAAGGAGAACGAGGGAACAUGCCAGGGAACUACAGAGAGAGAAACAGAAAGGUGAUUGUUGGUGCUAUUUAUUUAUUGUUUAGGUCCGGGUCCCAGGUGUGUUAGGACUGAGCAUGCCACCAAAUCAAAAAGAAUACAAGAAAGAUGGGAAAAAAACAAACAAACGUGCUCACAGCUUCAUAUUAAAGAAAGAAGGCCCCUAUAUUCCCUGCUGCUGUCCUAUUUCCUAAUCUCUUCAUCCUAAACUCCGUCUUUCUCUCUCUCUCUCCCUCUCUCUCCUUCAGCAUAUCCACUAAAACGUACAUAUCUUCUUUUUCGUAAAAACAAAAGAAUCUGGCAAUGUUUAUUAAAUGCAGGUGUUUUUAUUUCUGCCACCAGUGUGUAUCAGAAGGCGAUUGUGUAUUAUAAUAAAGUCAAUGGUGCUAUUGUUUUAAAACAGUCUGUAUUUUUUAACAACCAGAUGCUGAUAUGUAGCUACAUGAAUGUUGUAUGUGUGUAUACACAUGCAUACAUAUGUACAUACAUGUAUACACAUAUAUAGAAAGAAAGUACAUUUUAUACCGGGAUUUUAUAUUUCAGUUUGAUAAAUGUUGCUGUCAAAAAAUCCUAAAAACAAAGACGACCAAUUCGGAAAUGAUUCCUUCCUUAAAUUACAUUUGUUUAUUUCCUAUAUUUGUAAUAUUUUUUUAUAUUUUAAAGCUACCUCACACCAAGAGCAAAAAGAAAAAAGUAAGAAAUUUGGCUUAUUUCACACAAAUUUCAAUGGGACCCGUGUUGUGCAACAGCCUGAUUGCAAGAGCCCCUCUACCAUGACCUUCGACCCCAUCCACUUCCUCCCAUCAACCCCUAGCGGUCACCUCACACAGGAAGCCUCCUCGGCCUUGGCACGCAGAAUCACAGUGAGAGGCCUCUGGAUGAAACCCAGUCGCUCAUUGUAACGCAAUGCAGUGCUUCCCCAAAGAGAAGGGAGCACCCUAUUGGCCAGGGCACAGGGUGCAUUUGUGUGAGGUUGUGUAUAUUCUUAUUAUUAAUAAUAGUAUUAUUAUUAAUAAUAAUAGCAUUAUUAUGAUGAUGACGAUGAUGAUGAUGGUGAUCAUGACAUUGUUUUUGUUACGUUUUGAUUAAUGUAAAUUGGAAAUAAAAGACAAAAACAAGUGAUGGACUGAAGUGACUUUUCUUUGCUAUCCCUGCAUUUUUUAAUUUUAAAGGGAAGGAAUUGGUAUAGCUUUUUACAGGAGGUUAAACAUAAAGCUGCCCUUAAGAUGCAUGCUUCCUCCAUUAAGGGCCUUUCUGUGGUGGCCGAUCUGCACUUUUU